AAAGAUAUAAAUAUCGAAACGCACCUACUCAUUCGCCUUUCCUUGACCGCAAUUUUGGUUGAAAAUCCGACCACCAGAACCAGAAUCGCUUGAUCCACCGUCGGAAUCGAGCACCGAUUUUGUCUCCCUGUUGUCAGAAUCCGCAUCGCGAUCGUUUCCGUGGAGUUGAGAGAUGGGGGUGCUGCUGUCGAAGAUGUGGUUCAUGUUGUUUCCGGCGAAGGAGUACAAGAUCGUGGUGGUUGGGCUGGACAACGCGGGCAAAACGACGACGCUUUACAAGCUUCAUUUGGGGGAAGUGGUCACAACGCAUCCGACUAUUGGAAGCAACGUUGAGGAGCUUGUUUACAAGAAUAUUCGAUUUGAGGUCUGGGAUCUCGGCGGGCAAGACAGGCUACGGAAAUCAUGGACAACCUACUACCGAGGAACGAACGCUGUGAUAGUCGUGAUCGACAGCACAGACAGGGCCCGUAUAUCCAUAAUGAAAGACGAAUUAUUCAACCUCCUCCCGCACGAGGAUCUGCAGGGCGCGGUCGUGCUCGUCUUCGCCAACAAACAGGACCUGAAAGACGCGAUGACGCCCGCCGAGAUCACCGACGCCCUGUCCCUCCACAGCAUCAAGAGCCACGAUUGGCAUAUCCAGGCUUGCUGCGCCAUCACCGGCGACGGCCUGUACGACGGGCUGGGAUGGAUCGCUCAGAAAGUCACCGGAAAAGCGACUAGCUAGAACAAACACCAGGUAAUACAAUACUACACAGCUCGUUCUUCUCGACUCUUCUUCGAUUUAUCUUGACCGAAUUUAUGGUAGAUUUAAAAGUUGCUGUUUGUUGCCGGGGUUAAUUUUACUGUUGUUUUUAUUCGUGCAAGUACUUGUAUACGAAGAUGUGUUGAUCGUUUAUGCUUUGUUUUUACGCUUUUGUGUCGAUAGAUUCUUGUGUUCCAUUUUAUGCUAAGAUUCGAUUAGUUUUUUCAACAUUGGAUUGAGUUUAUAGUGUUGGGAUUAUUCUCUU